GUCAUGAGUUCAUCACUGGUUGCUUAUGAUGAUUCAGACUCUGAGACAGAAACUGGCAAGACUGAAGUCCCCGAUACUUCUAGCAGACAAACAAGCCGACCAAGUUCUUCUGUGAAUUGUGUGCAGAACUUUGCACCUGGUAGUUCGGGUACGAAACCUACAUAUGAAAUACAGCCUCCUGAGGACACUGACAGCUCUGACACAAGCACUCUUUGUGAAGAUCCCCCUGAGCAUUAUGCACAGAAUAACAACACUGAUUUGACAUCUCCUUAUUGUAGGAGAGCGUACUCUGACCAUACUGCAUUAUGCAUGUACAAUAAAAACUAUGAAAAACCAGCAAGUUCUUCAAGGAGCUCUGGAAGUGGCAUUUCCCAGAAGAGAAUGCAUAAAGACAGUACUACUGCCAUAAAAGGAAUCAGACCAUAUAUCCCUAAAAGAUUGCGUCAAGAAAAUUCCAGCAUGCCUGAAAAUAAAGAAUCUGAUGAGAAAGAUACCUCAGGUUGUGAUGUUAAGCUUGGCCUAUCAGGAGAGCAGACUUCAAGAAAGAUCUCUGAAUUAAUUAAGCCAUACUUGGGAUCCAAAUAUAAAUUAACUGAAGUCCCCAAAAGAUUAAUAUUUUACAUGACUAAACACAGUGGCCCUGUUAAUGAAAUCCAGUGGUGUCCUGUGCGAGAACAAAGUCACAUGCUUCUCUCAGCUUCUAUGGACAAAACAGUCAAG